CCGAAAUGGAAUCCCCAUGGGGAGCCUGACCCGGUCUCAUUUGCCGAGACGACCAACACCGGACGGGCCUCUCUCCGUGUGCUACUGCAUGACGUGGAUAUAAACAGGAGGUAAGAGCAGCUGGUGUCUGGUCCUGUAGCAACGCCCCAGACUCCGUCGAGUUGAUGCCUCCUGAAGGCUCAAAGCUGUCAAAACAAUUCGGAUUUCUCCCGUUGCGACUGUCCGUUAGGCUCCCUUCGACAUGGGUUACAGCAGCAAGGACGGUAAUGCAGACAGCAUCCACCUAGAGGCCGCUCGGCAGCAUGCUCCGACCGGGAGUCCCGACGAUGCAAAAGACGGUAUUACUGCCGUCCCAAGCACCACGACGAGCGACCAUCCGCAGCUCAGAGACAAGGCCGCACAGUUUCUCAAGCAAGCUGACCACCCGGUCGUGGUGACACCGGCCGACAAUGAUCGCGUCCGCCGCAAGAUCGACAUGCGACUCCUCCCCAUCAUGCUGUUCGUCUACUGUCUUCAAUCACUCGACAAGACGACCCUUUCGUACGCAUCCGUCUUCGGCAUCAUCCAGGAUACGAACCUCGUCGGUGAUGAGUUUUCCUGGCUCGGCUCCAUUGUCUACCUGGCGCAGCUCGUCUUCCAGCCGCUGAUCGCCUGGGGCUUGGUCAGAUUCCCGGUGGGCAAGUUCUCGGCAGUGAUGGUGUUUUGCUGGGGCGCCGUGCUAUGUGGCAUGACGGCGGCGUCGAAUUUUGGAGGCUUGAUGGCAGCGCGUCUGCUGCUGGGUGCGUUUGAGGCAUCGGUCGCGCCCACUUUUAUCGCCAUUGUGCAAAUGUGGUACAGGCGGCGAGAACAGACGGUUCGCAACGCAUCAUGGUAUUCCAUGCUCGGCGUUGUUAACAUGCUGGGAAGCCUGUUGACAUAUGGCCUCGGCCAUAUCCAGUCGCACUUGCACCCGUACCAGAUCAUCUUUCUCUUUUGUGGCUGCAUUACAGUUGCAUUUUCCGUGGUCAUGUUCAUCUUCAUGCCCGACUCGCCAAUGGAAGCCAAGUUUCUCAACCGAGAGGAAAAGUUCAUCGCGGUUGAGCGCCUUCGUAUGAACCAGAUGGGCAUCGGAUCCGGCGUUUGGAAGUGGGACCAUGUGCUUGAAGCGGCCUUGGACCCAAAGACCUGGCUAUGGUUCUUCCUCAUGUUUGUGAUAUCUGUCCCUAGCGGCGGCAUCUCAACCUUCGGGCCUCUCAUCAUUGAGUCGUUCGGCUUCGACAAGUUCACCACCAUCCUGUUCAACAUCCCAUUCGGGGCCGUGCAGAUGAUUGCAACCCUUGGCGGUGCCUGGCUCUCCGACAAGCUCCGCAUGAAGUCCCCCGUCCUUCUACUACUUUGUCUUCCCCCGAUCGCCGGCUUGGCCGUUCUUCUCGCCGUUGGACGUGAGCCAAGCGACCGCGCGGUCCUCCUCGUCGGCUACUACAUCAUCUCCGUCUAUCCCGGUAUAUCGCCGCUCAUCUACUCGUGGUCAGGGCAAAACACAGCCGGAGACACCAAGCGCAAGGUGACCACGGGAAUGCUCUUCGUUGGCGCCAGUGCAGGCAACGUUGUUGGGCCGCACCUGUUCAAGCCGAGCGAGAAGCCCCGCUACGACCGUGGCGUCAAGACCAACCUGGCGCUGUUCAUCGUACUGGCUGUGCUGAUAGUGCUAGGCAUGGGUCUUAUUUGGCUCUUGAAUAAGAAGCAGGCCGCGAAGCGCAAGGCGCUCGGCAAGAGCGAACACAUCCAGGACUUGAGCAUGACGGGGGCCAAGGAGGCGUCCGAAGGCGAAGUGCUGAACCACUUGGAUGAGGCGGUGGGCAACAAGGCCUUUGAUGAUGUCACGGACCUUAAGAACGAAGACUUUAUUUUUGUAUACUAGACGG